AUGCAUUUCUCAACUGCAAAAACGCUUCUUCCUCUCGCAGUUCUAGUUUCCUAUACCACCGCUCAAACAACAGCUGCAGCACCACCUGUUGCUAGUGCUCCUACAGGCGGCACUUCUAGUACUUGUCUCGGACAAAAUGUUCUAGAUGCUUGUUUGAGUUCUACGACGGCUAUUGCUCAGGCAUGUCAACCUACCGAUUAUAAUUGUUUAUGCACAAGUUGGAAUGCAGUUUUAACAUGCUACAACCAAUGUCCCAACGACGCAGGUUACGCGGGCGCUCUAUCUAAUAAACAAACUUAUUGUAAUAAUGCAUCAGUUUAUACAUCUACUUCCUCAUCAGCUAUCUCGAGAGAUUGGCCUACGUCUGCUACUGCUACUGCGGCGGGUGGUGCUACUGGUGCAGGUGCCGGUGCAAGAGCAGGUGCGACAAGUACAGCAGCGAGAGCGAGUUCUAUGGGCAGAAAUGAGAGUAAGACGGCUAGUGCGACGGGGGCGGAGAGUAGUGAUAAGAGUAGUGGGGCUGGGGAGAGAGGGGUUAGUGGAUUGGUGGGUGUUAUUGGGGGUGUGGGGGUGGUGGUGGUGGGGUUUUUGUAG